AUGGAGGUUGACGGUGGUAAUGAAAAUGGGAUCCGUGUGAAAGCGACAUUCAGACUUGGCUCCGAGACGCAUUCAGUGGCAGCCGCGAAAGGGGAAAGAGCUACCAUCUCCGAGGAACUGGUUGCCAUGAAAGAAGGAAGCAUGAGGAUACUGAAGGAAUUCAUCACCAAGCAUAACGUUCCUGCUGAUGUUCCUGAUGAGUUGGUUGACGACGAAGACGAAAGCUCGGAGGAAGCAGAGGAUGAGGUUGCAGAGAAAUCCAAGAAGACCAAACUGACUUAA